AUGGCGGCUCGGCUACUGGGUUGUGUGUGGUUGACUGCAGUUUUCCUGCGUUUCUUUUGGGUUUUCCUUCCACAAACAGGCUACAUCCACCCAGACGAGUUUUUUCAAGCAACAGAGAUCACUGCUGGAGAUAUAUUUAAAUUGAAACACACAAGAACGUGGGAAUUCCAAGAAGAAUUUCCUGUCCGAUCUGCAGCCUUCCCAUAUGCUUUCACAGGCUUACCGUUGUAUAUCUUGAAGACUUUCUUGGAUGUAGAAGCUACCACGUCAAAAUCUAUUAUUGUAGCUCCAAGACUAUUCAUCUCGGGUGCUUCUUUGAUCAUCGAUUUGUCAGUUUAUGUAAUUUGUCGAAAUCUUCGAACAGACCCAGUACCGUCCUUAUUUCUUCUUGGAACUUCCUUCGUAACUCUGGUGUUUUAUACGCGGACGUUUUCCAAUACAGCCGAGGCUAUAUUUUUCGCUUCUCUUCUCCUAUUGGUUGUGCUCUCCUUGGCGAAAAGAAGUGCUUUAUGCACAAGAAAGGACCAGGCACGAUACUUCUUGAUAGGGACCGUCGUAGGUGUAGGGAUUUGGAUCCGUCCCACUUUUCUGGCCUUUGCUUGUGUUCCUUUGUGUUGGUGCCUGCUGGAUGUUUGUUUGCUCAGAUGGUCCAUCGACAAAAUGAUUUCAAAACUUGUAACAAAUGUUAUGAAAUACUGCAUUUGGUUGGGUCUUGGUGGAGCUCUAACAAUUGUCAGUUUGGUUGUUUUGGACUCUCAUUACUUUGGGUAUUUGCAAAGGAGAAAAUUUGUUUUGACACCUCUCAACUUUUUCUUGUACAACAUGGACACCAGCUCACUGAAACAACAUGGUCUCCAUCCGAGGAUUACACAUUUUGCGGUGAACAUGCCACUUUUGUUUGGACCUCUAGCUUUAGUUUUGUAUGUAUAUGCUGUCUAUGCCACAAUGAAAAGAAAGUUUCUGGUACCUAUGAUGUUUUUGCAAACUGCGAAUGAUAAAAAGGACAAUACCAGUAAUGCUAUGAGAGCUUAUUUCAUUUUAAAGAUGCUUUUGUUUAGUAUUUUAGUUCCUGUGGUGUUGCUGUCGUUAAUACCACAUCAAGAGGCACGAUUUAUCACCCCAGUACUUGUUCCACUUGUAGUUGUGUUUUCCCAAAUUUCUUCGUCUUCCUCUGUUACACCCCUAAUACUAUUAUGUUGGUGUAUCUGGAACGUGUUUGGCUGCGUGAUGUUUGGAAUAUUGCAUCAAGGGGGUGUGUACCCAUGUCUUGCACAUCUCCAAAGGCAUCUUCACUUCACACGGAUUAACACUUUGAGCACAUCAUUUCAUGUGACUUUUUACCACACCUAUAUGCCACCCCAACAUCUUUUAGCUUGGCCCAAGCUGGCUUAUAGUUCCCACAAAGGGAUGUAUCACAACUUGGCACUGUAUGACUUAAAAGGUGCUUCACGAGAUGAGCUAUACAAACAUUUAACAAUAAAUUUGGAGAAAACUGAGGCUCGUGGGAUGAAGAAAGAGGUUUUUUUGGUAUGUCCAUCAACAGUGAAGUUCCAUGAUCCACGGUUUGAAUUGAUAAAGCAGUUUUACCCUCAUCUAAGUAUGGAAGACCCCCCUGACUUGAACAAUCUCUUUCACCCAGCUCAAAUGCAAUCUGGUCCUUGUUCAAGCAGUCAUCAAGAGAGUAAGUAUCAAGAUACAGGAUUUACAGAGAUCACAUGUCUAAAAGACAACAAAGAGAAAGACACAACUUGGUGGAAAUUCAUCAUUUGGGAAGAUCUCAAGAGGUGGACUAGAUCAGAGCUUUCUUUGAAUCUCUACAGAUACAAAAAAACAAAAAAAACAAACAAACAAACAAAAAAACAAAAAACUGCUUAAACUAUACUUCUAAAACAUACAGUGGCCCAAAAACUAAUAGAAAUGAUCAGACAGUUUUUUCAAAAGGUUUUACUUUAUAUUUAAUAACAUGAGUUGUGUCUGAGGGAAAGCAGUCGAGGACUGGGGCUUCAAUAAUACAACCCUCACUGAAGUAGUAACAAGAAUAAAACAAAAUGAAACAAACAAGCAAAAGAAAUAUCUUAAAAGCUAGACCUCAGAGUAACUUUCCACUAACUUUAUUGUAGUGAAAUCCAUCCAGGAGUAAAAAUAUAAAUUAGAGAAUUGUUUUAGCAAUCCAAAUAAAUAUGUCAACUUUUC